GAGACGAGGACACUAAUCAGAGGAACUGUGACACAGACUCACUGAAACACACUCCAGCAGAUCUCUCAGCGGGAAUCACUGACUGAAGCAGAGCUUCUCACCCUGUGGACCGCUGACUGAGCCUGAGGCGAGAAGACAGAGUUCCUCCACAUAUUGUCCCAGCGCACAUUCCUGUGUGUUGUGGCUCGCUCCAGUGGUAACCAUGACGACUGCAGAGCCACCCAAGGGACUGUACCACCGAAACAAUAAGGCCCGCCCAUCAGACGAGCCCUCCAAUCACGUUGGGAACCCUGGUAACGUGCAGGAGGACGAGCUGAGACAGUGGCAAGAACAUGCAAAGAAGGUGAAGGUAAGAGUGCUGGAACAGAUCCAGGAUCAGCUCAGUGAUAUUCUAGACGAAGCUCUGACUGAGUCCGUUCAGCCUUUCACCCACAUCCAGCCGACCAUUAAUGGCAAGACGACAAAAAAGCCCUCAGUGAGGUCUCAGAAAAUGGAUGAUGGCAAAGUGUUUAUAGACAGGCCAUCACUGCUGGAUGAACUGUUUGAGAUCACUCACAUCAGGACCAUCUACCACAUGUUCAUAGCCGUGCUCCUCAUCUUCUGCCUGAGCACGCUGGCUGUCGACUUCAUCGACCAGGGCAGGUUGGUCUUGGAGUUUGACCUGCUUUUCUACGCCUUCGGGAAGCUGGGUACAGUCAUCCAGGCCUGGGUCGUGAUGUUCCUCUACACCCUGCUCCUGCCCUACUACACCCUGGUGUUUUGGGCAUCCCUGUACCACAUGUUCCCCUCCAAGUUGGGUCUUUCUCUGGGGACAGGAUUAAUCAUGUCUGCCGCACAGACCUGUGUUCUGGGGCUGUUCCCGAUCUACAUAGUCGUAGAGAACCAGCUGCCGCCAGCUUCGCGGUUCAUCGUGAUACUGGAGCAGAUUCGAUUCCUGAUGAAGAGCUACUCCUUCAUAAGAGAAACUGCUCCAGUUAUAAUGAAGAAUACACCAAAGGAAGGAGAAGAUCCCAUAUUCCCGACAUUGUCGAGCUAUUUGUACUUCCUCUUCUGUCCCACUCUCAUCUACAGGGAAUCAUACCCCCGAAACAACCACAUCAGAUGGAACUAUGUGGGCAGUACUCUUGCCAUGAUCUUGGGCUGCCUGUUUUACGGCUACUUCAUUCUGGUUCGCCUCUGCGUGCCCGUCUUCAGACCCGAGACCAACCAGCCAUUCAGCACUCGGACGAUGGUUCUGGCUGUUUUCCACUCAAUACUACCAGGUAUUAUGCUGCUGCUCUUGUGUUUCUUCGCCUUCCUGCACUGCUGGCUCAACCUCUUCGGGGAGCUGCUGCGUUUCGCUGACAGAAUGUUCUACAAGGACUGGUGGAACUCUACAUCCUUUGCCAACUACUACCGCACCUGGAAUGUGGUGGUUCAUGACUGGCUGUAUUACUACGGAUACAGAGACUUCCUCUGGCUGUCAAAAAGGAAAUUCCGAGCAGCUGCCAUGCUCUCCGUGUUCAUCGUCUCCGCUGUCGUCCAUGAGUACGCCUUGACAAUGGGCCUGGGAUUUUUCUACCCCGUCAUGUUCUGCUUGUUUGCAGUAUUUGGAGUGGUGUUCAACUUCACCAUGAACGACAAGCGUCAGAGUCCCGUGUUCAAUGUCAUCAUGUGGGCGUGUCUCUUCCUGGGCCAGGGCGUCCAGGUGUGCCUGUACAGCCAGGAGUGGUACGCUCAAAUACACUGCCCACGCAAAGAGAAUAGUUUCUGGGAGCUGGUGACGCCUCGGUCUUGGUCCUGCAGCUACCAGAGAUGAAGCUGCCUGUCUCCUGCUCUGGAAGGAUAAAGGAUAGAGGGAUGAAAAGAUGAAAAGAUCACGACAGACUGAACGUAGCUGAAAGCGUGGAAGGAAAACUCGAAAGACGUGCAUCUUUUUUAUUGUGUGAAGAUUUCUUUGGGUCAUGAUGUGACUAUCACUCUUUUGGUCAUAAUUUUAUCCAGGAGUGAUGUUUUCCAUAUGUCACAUCUGGAUUCUUCCCUCCACCUAGGAGGUUAUGUUUUCGCCCCUGUCCUUUUGUUUGUUUGUUUAAGGGGACAUUAGGGCCUUGGCUGAGAUAACUUUUUGUUUGUCUGAUUGUUUUAAUGUGUUUAAUAAUUCAGACUGUUUAAAAAAAGUGUUUACUGUGUAAGUUUGAAAGUUUUAAUAAGAAGCCCUGAAGGAGCACCAAACAACUUGCUGUCGAGUUAGGUGCUUAUUUAAUUUAUUUCUGCAGUAUUUGUACUAGAGCUACAGCCAAGUCAAGUUUAAUUUUGGUGUGAGACAGAAACUUGUGUUCUUAAGUAUCUGUAUGCAGUGCAUCAUUAGUUUGUCACCUCAGGAGUUUUCUCAUGUGAAUGGAGCAGCCUUGUGUCUUUGAUUUUAUAAUUUCACUCAAAACUGGUGACUACAGGCUUCACCGCACACUGGGGCUCCUGACCCGCAGUGUGUGUGUGUGUGUGUGUGUGUGUGUGUGUGUGUGUGUGUGUUGUUUGUGUAAUCCUGCCUUGGUUGCCGUUCAGAGCGCAGGGAUUGGUUGGAACAGCAGGUACGUGAAACCACCAAACACAGGAAGCACGGCGUCUUAUCUGUCGGCCACAAAGCCUCUGUUUGUGUAGCUGCCACGUUUUUCUGAAGUCAUACAGGAAGAGCAGGAUUAUCAUUGGUACAGUGUUUGCAUUAGUGACGUAAUGCUCUGUAAACUGAUACCAACCCUCACAGUGGUGGAGCAGGACGUGUACUUUUGGAUCCACUGUCAGUAGUAGAAUUGAAUCUACGUGUAUUUGUGUGUCUUGGCUUCUCUGUCUUCUGCAUAUCAAUGAUCCAAUUUAAAUCAUGGUCUUCGCUGGAUGAACACAGACCAAAGACAUACAAUAUUUUAUAAGCAUCCUGAAUUGGAAGAACAUUGUAAUUACUUUGGAGUUGUGUUGUUGUACAUCAAUAUAAAUGUAAACCAAGUGUUCACUCUCCUCUCAGCUCCGCUCCGGUGUCCACAGCAUGUCUGAGAGCAACAUCUAUCUCUGCAGCAGCUAAAUGCUCCCCAGUGUUCACCAGCUACUAAACAACUUUGUCUGCAGGGCUGUUUAGUGCCGAGCUGUAGCACACGGCUUCUUGAAUCCAAGACAGAUGAGAGAAGUGAGACUAGACUGAAGAGUUGAAUUCGUUUCUCUUUACACAGUCGCUGAAUCCAUUGUUCGUGUAAAAUGUUGAAUUUUCACCCUUUUAUUAUCCUUAACAAGAGAGAAGCCACUUAAAUACGUCCUUCAACCUUGAAUCACAGUCCAAUGACCAGACUUUAACUACCCAUCGUCUUUUCAGUUGCUGAUCAGUGAAGGACCUGAUGAAAUGAAAAACAGUUCGUCCGACUCCCUGUGUUUAUCAGCCUGGAUCACAGUGGUAUGAUGUUAUUCAGUCUAAAAAUAUUGAUCAGUGCAGCUUUUAUUCAGCUUCACAGAUGUUUUAUCGAUGUGUUGCAUUACAGUAUGAAAUGAAACUAUAAUGUUUGGUUGGUAAACUAAUGGUGGAGAGGAAGUUAUUAAUUGCAUCUAAUCUUUAUCUGACUUGAUAAAUGGAUCGAUUACACAAUAAAAGAAUAAAAUGAAAGCUGUUAGAGAAGAGAUAUUGAGCAGCAGAUGCAGCCAGUGUUAAUGCAUCAAACACAAUAAGUCUAUAACAGCUUCUCCUCCGCCAGGAACAUUUCAAUGUGUUUUUUUAUUUUUUAACCAGUACUUUUGUUCUGGAUGAGAUGGAUGUUUUGCUUUUCUAAAUUCCAUCAGGAAUUUCUCUGCUCUGCAUGAGCCACAUAAAAACAAAUAAAUAAAAGAUAACUUUUUACUUGUUAAA